AUGUCACAGGGAAAUUCUUGUCGAGUCAAGCCCGCAGAGACAUUGUUAACGGCUGGUCUAAGAUACUCACGAUAUGAAUACUGGUCGCCUGAAGUCGCACUUUGCGUCACUGCAAAAUCACCGAAGCAGCGCCGAAAACCCCGUUACGAAUUUGAUUUGCUGAACCAACAUUGCGAUACUACUGUGGACUUGAAUCGGUCGACUCAGCCCUGGGUUGAGGCUGUCGGGAGCGCGUCAUCCAAUCCAACGCUACCGCCAGUCCCACAAGUGUCGAAGCUCGACGUCCGUCUCUAG